UUUAAUAGUAAAAACGACACUGAUUUUCAAAUAAGGAAAACAAUGGCGUGGUACAAAUAUUUUAGUGUGGAAGUACCUAUAUGCCUUCUAAUUUUUUCCAUGGAGUUGUGCGGCUCUGUUUUUACGAAUUUGCUGAUGUAUAGAACGUGCUACACUAUACUUGGUUAUCCAGAGUCAGAUUGUGCCCAAUUAGGAAAUGAUGUUAACAACGUUACAAUAGAUCUCGAGCCAAAAGUACAACCAACUGUUAAUUAUAUUAAUAUGGUUCAAAAUAUACUGCAUAACACAUUUCCUAUAUUCUUUUGCAUGUAUGUCGGGACGUGGUCAGAUAAGUUUGGAAGGAAACCUUUUCUACUACUAAGCAUGAUAUGUGGAACUAUUUCCUCUAUAAAUAAUUUCCUGAUUGCACAUUUUACAUACGCAUCUUCUUGGUGGUUUGUGGCUGCUGGUAUUCCAUCAAUGGUAAUGGGAGGCAUGUCAACUGGGGCUAUUGUUACUUCUGCUUAUUUAAUAGACGUGUCGACAAAAAAAGACCGAGUAGUAAGAUUAGCUGCUUUUGAAUUUAUUAUGAUGUCAUCAGGUUUUAUUUCAAAAAUGAUAUCAUCGCGUGUAUUAUACGCUACAAGUUAUGAAAUAAUGUAUCUGAUUUCGAUCGGACUACAAAUACCUAGUAUUCUUUACACAAUAUUCUUUAUUCCGGAAUCAAGAAAGGACGCCAAGAAGAUUAAGACGAUAUUUAACUCAAAGGACAUCUGUGCGAACUUAAACUUCAAAGCUGUUUUACAAGCGGCCUUUAGACCAAGAGAAAACAAAAUAAAUAAAUACUUGUUUAUCGUUAUAAUCAUUCAAUUAAUAUGGUGUUUUGGUAUGGGUGACAUGCAAGUUUUUUCCUUAUAUUUAAGAAAUAAAUUACACUGGACCGUAAGCAAAAUGAAUUUUGUAAGCAGCAUUACCUCUGUUGGGCAUAUGAUUUUAGCAUCCUUGGGAACUUAUAUUUUAUAUAAAGUUUUAAAAAUAAAGGAACUGCGGCUGGCUUUGUUAGGUGUUACAUCGAUAACCAUUGUAACUAUUCUUCGAGCUUUAGCAACAAGCGAUAUAUAUAUUUAUAUAGGUAACUUUCUUGGCUGUUUUGGAGGUUUAACUAUGCUUAUGUGGAAAACAGUAAUGUCUUAUAUGCUCAGACCUGAAGAAAUGGGAAAUAUAUUGGCUCUCAUGAGUAUACUACAGAGCUUAAUUUCAUUGCUCUCUGGUCUGGUCUAUCCAGCAAUAUACAAUGCUACGAUAAAUACAAACAGUGGCUUAUAUAAUUAUCUGUCAUUGGGUAUUAAUAUUAUUGUUGGUAUAUCAAUAUUAAUUCUUUCGAGAGUAGAUAUACCACACUAUCAACCAGAUCCAAUUCCACCAUCUGCAGAUCAAGAAAGUGCGAAUGAUGAAAAAAUUAGUAAAAUGGCAGAUACUACAGUAGAAAUUUUAAAUGAAACUCAAGAUGACCAACGGUUUUAAACCUUAGAAGUAAUAAUAAUCACGGUUUUCUGAAAUAACUUUGCUGGUGGUUUUAGUAUUUAGGUGCUGGUGUUUAGUAUUCACAUCUUCGAAGUGUCUACUCAUUCAGUUAUUUUUUGUUUGGAAACCAAUGUUUGAUCUUGUCUUGAUCUUUAGUAGAUAUAGCUUUUCUUUUUAGGCGAUAUCUUUCCUAACAGUUGUAUUUAAUAUAUUUUAAACAGUGUAAAG